AUGGGCAGCGCAGAUACUCUCCCGUUCUGGAACCUCAACAUUCCGGAGGACCAAAGAACGGAAGAAUGUCCCGAUUUCCUCCUCAGCACCAAACCAAAAGAUAUCGGCAUUCUCUCCACGCCAGACGAUGAAUAUCACAUCUUGAACUGGGACGAAGUCCGCGAAAUCAUCGAAGCAAACCGCCUUGAGCUCUUCCAACGUAUCCCCUCAGAGCUACGCCGCUACAAGCAGUUUACCUAUCAUCUCAAGCAAAAGUACGGCAGUGUCGCCAACUUUCUCUUCGAGCAUCGUCUUGGAUGGACGCCUCCUGUGAAGCCGCGCGGUGGACCGUUUGAGUUUGAGGAUGACUACAAGAUCAUAUGGAACGAUGCCCCGUAUGGUAUAGAUCCUAGGAUUGUGCAUCUUGUGGUCUGGACAAAGUUUGCUCUGGAUGAGGAUCCCAAGACGGGCGAUUUGACAGACGAGGCGAGGAAGGAGAUUGAUGAUUUCGUGGGAAGGACCUUUCGGAAACAUGUCCCUGAAGAAAACGUCCUUUGGUUCAAGAACUGGCAGGGUUUGCAAUCUGUCAACUCCAUCCAACAUCUCCAUGUGAUGCUCUUCAACCCAGAUCCUGACUUCGUUCACAAGAUCACAAAGGGAGAUGUCCCUCGGGCAGGAGUGGAAGUCAACAAGUGA